GGGAAUGAUCUAGGCACCUUGGUAGCUGGAACGUUAAAUCUGUGGCUCUCGGGAUUUAAAAGAUGCUGCUCAGGUGGUUGUAGCACAGGGUGGAGAAAGAUUCGGUUCUCGGCACGAAAGUCCUUGUUUGGUCAAUAUGGAGCAUUUCUACCGAAAAAUCUCGGGUCCCAGCGAUGCUGCAGGUUGCAGAGGGCUCACUGCAGCCAGUUUCCCAGGCCAUCGAUGGAGGGUGGAUUCAGCCCGUGGAGCGAGACCGGCUCGCCUGUGCUGACUCCGGCGGAGUCGGACUGACACCUGAUCCAUAAUUGUCACACCAAACACUGGGAAGCAGCGUGCUUGGCACCAGGCACUGCAAUGAAAUGUGAAAGAAAUGGAGUUACAGUUUAGAUCUCUGCACGUCUUUGGAAGAUCUCAGGAAAAGAAAGGGAAUGAUUUUAACCAACUCCAACCUCAGACAAGGGUGAAAAUCUUCAACUACUGCAUUCAAUACUGCUGUGAGUCUUUUGUAUCUCUCCAAGCUGGAAUGUUUGCUGCUUUCCCUACAGGGUUAUAAGCUUUGAUAUUCAGAAGACCAAAACUGAAAGAUGCCAUCUGAGAGGUGCCUGAGUGUUCAGGAAAUGCUGACAGGUCAGAGGCUUUGUCAGUCCAGCUCCCAUAAUGAUGCUGUCCUGGCAGCCCUGAACCAACAGAGAAGCGAUGGCAUACUUUGUGAUAUUACACUUAUUGCUGAAGAGCAGAAAUUUCAUGCACACAAAGCGGUCCUGGCAGCCUGCAGUGACUACUUCCGAGCAAUGUUUAGUCUCUGCAUGGUUGAAAGUGAAGCUGAUGAGGUGAAUUUACAUGGUGUCACAAGCCUCGGUUUAAAACAAGCCCUGGACUUUGCAUAUACUGGACAGAUCCUCUUGGAACCAGGAGUGAUACAGGAUGUCCUGGCAGCUGGGAGUCAUUUACAGCUCCUGGAGCUUCUCAGUUUAUGUUCUCACUAUCUCAUUGAGGAAUUAAAUAGUUUUAAUUACUUGGACCUGUAUAAGCUUGCGGACCUCUUCAACCUCACUUUGUUGGAGAAUGCAGUCAUUGGCUUCCUAGUAAAACAUCUCUCUGAGCUGCUGAAGAGUCAUCCUGAAGAAGUUCUGGCACUCCCAUACUGUCUUCUUCGAGAGGUUUUUAAAAGUGAUAGACUCACUUCACUCAGUGAAGAGCAGAUCUGGCAGCUGGCUGUAAGGUGGCUGGAACACAACUGCCGCUACCAGUACCUGGAUGAACUUCUCCAGUACGUCCGCUUUGGCCUUAUGGAUGUGGAUACACUGCAUACUGUAGCUCUUACUCAUCCGCUUGUCCAAGCAAGUGAAACUGCAACAGCACUCAUUAAUGAGGCCUUGGCGUACCACCAGAGCGUCUAUGCACAGCCAGUUUGGCAAACCGCAAGGACAAAACCCCGCUUCCAGUCAGACACCCUCUACAUUAUUGGUGGGAAAAAACGUGAAGUCUGUAAAGUGAAGGAAUUGCGAUACUUCAAUCCGGUAGAUCAGGAGAACGUUCAUAUCGCAGGGAUUGCUAACUGGAGCGAGCUAGCACCUAUGCCUGUAGGGAGAAGCCACCACUGUGUUGCCGUCAUGGGAGACUUUCUUUUUGUAGCUGGUGGAGAGGCAGAGCACUCCACGGGGCGCACGUGUGCGGUGAGAACAGUCUGUCGGUACGACCCUCGCACUAACUCUUGGGCUGAGAUAGCUCCGAUGAAGAACUGUCGGGAACACUUUGUGCUGGGAGCCGUGGAUGAGUACCUGUAUGCCGUAGGGGGCAGAAAUGAAUUGCGUCAAGUGUUACCUACAGUGGAACGCUACUGCCCCAAGAAGAACAAGUGGACCUUUGUACAGUCCUUUGAUCGGUCGCUCUCAUGCCAUGCGGGAUAUGUGGUGGAUGGUCUUCUUUGGAUAUCAGGAGGAGUAACAAAUACUGCACAGUAUCAAAACAGGCUCAUGGUCUAUGAUCCUAAGCAGAAUAAGUGGUUAAGCCGUAGCCCAAUGUUGCAGAGGAGAGUGUAUCACUCCAUGGCAGCUGUCCAAAGGAAACUUUAUGUGUUAGGUGGGAAUGAUCUCGACUACAACAAUGAUCGGAUCCUGGUCCGGCACAUAGACUCCUACAGCAUAGAUGCUGACCAGUGGACACGUUGCAACUUCAACAUGUUGACAGGUCAAAAUGAGUCUGGAGUUGCAGUCCACAACGGUAGAAUAUAUUUAGUUGGUGGCUAUUCGAUUUGGACAAAUGAGCCUUUGGCAUGUAUCCAGGUGCUGGAUGUUAGCAAGGAGGGGAAGGAAGAGGUUUUCUAUGGGCCUACGCUCCCCUUCGCUUCCAAUGGAAUAGCUGCAUGCUUUCUCCCAGCUCCGUAUUUCACAUGCCCCAACCUUCAGACUUUGCAAGUGCCUCACCACAGGAUUGGCACAAUGUGAGACACUCCUUGUGCUUCACAGAAUCAGUAGUGGAGGGGGAAAACAUCAAUCCUUGCAUAUAGAAGGGUUUCUCUGGGUCGGUGAGAAGAAUCAACCCACACGGACUGCUGCUUUACCAUCACACAUUUGUCUUAAGGUCAGAUCACAACAAGCAGGAAGGACGCUACAAAAACUGUCUGCAGUUUCUCUCCUCUGCCUCAGAUGUAGAAGCACGUACAUGAGAGUGUUUGGCAUUUUUGCUGGUGACUACUUGCUAUAUGUCUACUUCAUUUCCUUAUGCAACUUUGUAAGGCAUUGUGGAUGCUCUCAGCUCAUCCUGGGCUGCUUUUUUUGGGGGUCUUUAUGUUCAGUUGUUCACCAAUGGCGCUUUCGAAGAUGAUAGAAAGCUCUGUUUAUGUUGAUAAAGAUGAUAUCAUACUCUGGUAAUUAUGCAACUUACUCGAUACCUUUGGCAAAAAGAAUAACAAAUGUGUUGACUUCCAAUCCUGAACUCUGUCAUUUACAGUUUCUCAUUUAAUAAUUUCAUUUUAAAUUUAAAUACUUCAAAACAGAUUAAAACAAAGCUAAAAAGCAAACAAGCCCUGUAGGAUAUGGGGAACAGAUAAAAAUUGUCUCAGCUGAAAGAGAAAGAAACUGAAGCCUCAUGGUUAAACUAAAGUCUGAACUGAAUUUGUUUGUCUGAGAAUCUAAAUACCGUUUGGGAUGUCAUUUACCAAGGUCUACUAUCAAAUAAAUGUUAUCUUCUGUCAUAUGA